AGGAGGAGGAGGAAGGGCCGCCCUGCCUGGCGCCAUCCUUCCUUCCUUCCUUCCUUCCUUCCUUCCUUCCUUCCUUCCUUCCUUCCUUCCUUCCUUCCUUCCUUCCUUCCUUCCUCCGGUGCCUUGAGGCUCCCCUGCGCCCCGGAUGUGGCCCCUCACCUGCGCCAGGAAAGAAGAGGAAGGUGAUGAUGAUGAUGAUGCCGUGGCUUCCAAGAGAAGGAUGAUGCUGAGCAAGAGGAGAGCCGGGGAUGCCUGAGAGCAGGUGAAGGAGGAAAGAAGAGAAAGAGAGAUUCAAGGCGGUGGUCCCCGAGGAGGGCGGUGAAGACGGAUCCGGCUCUGGUGGCCAAGCCAUGGCUACGAAUUUCAACGACAUUGUCAAGCAGGGCUACGUGAAGAUGAAGAGCAGGAAGCUGGGGAUCUACCGACGUUGUUGGCUGGUGUUCCGGAAAUCGUCCAGCAAAGGGCCUCAACGGCUGGAGAAAUACCCGGACGAGAAGUCGGUCUGCUUGCGCGGAUGCCCAAAGGUCACGGAGAUCAGCAACGUCAAGUGCAUCACGCGGCUGCCCAAGGAGACCAAGCGGCAAGCCGUGGCCAUCGUUUUCACCGACGACUCGGCCCGGACGUUCACCUGCGAGUCCGAGCUGGAAGCGGAGGAGUGGUACAAGACGCUGUCGGUGGAGUGCCUGGGCGCCCGGCUCAACGACAUCAGCCUCGGAGAACCGGACUUGCUGGCGCCCGGGGUGCAGUGCGAGCAGACCGAGCGCUUCAACGUCUUCCUCCUGCCCUGUCCCAACCUGGACAUCUACGGCGAGUGCAAGCUGCAGAUCACGCACGAAAACAUCUACCUCUGGGACAUGCACAACCCACGGGUCAAGCUGGUCUCGUGGCCCCUCUGCUCCCUGCGCCGCUACGGCCGGGACGCCACGCGGUUCACCUUCGAGGCCGGCAGCAGGAUGUGUGACGCCGGGGAGGGUCUCUACACCUUCCAGACCCAGGAAGGGGAGCAGAUCUACCAGCGCGUCCACACCGCCACCCUGGCCAUCGCCGAGCAGCACAAGCGCGUCCUCAUGGAGAUGGAGAAGAACGUGCGGCUGCUGAACAAGGGCACCGAGCACUACUCGUACCCCUGCACGCCCACCACGAUGCUGCCGCGCAGCGCCUACUGGCACCACAUCACCGGCUCCCAGAACAUCGCCGAAUCCUCCGACUACGGCGGUGAGUUCCUCCGCUACUCCCGGGCAGUGACGCCUGGAGCUGUGGCCGUUGCUGAUUGCUAUUCCCGCUCUGUCUGGUUCCGCAGGGGAUUCGUACCCGGGGCCCCAGGCCAGCUCGGAGACGGACCUCCUCAACCGCUUCAUCUUGCUGAAGCCCAAGGCUCCCCCGAGCGGAAAGAGCAGCGACAGCAAAGACCCCAAAUCGGCUUCGCAAUGAGGCUUCGUUCCUUGAGCGGAAGGAGAGAGAGGCCCGUCCUGCGGUGACUCGGGAUCACAGCAAGCGGUCAGCCGCGGAGUCGCCGGCAUCGACGGUUCCCUUUUGUCGUUCGGGGUCCCUGCUCCGGCCUUUGCUGCGGGAUUUGGGGCUGCGGUUGGAUUGGAUCGGGGCGGCGUUGGCACAGGAGUCACUCCGGACCCGAGAACCGGGACCUCGGUGGCCUGAAAAUUACGAGGGAAGAGGACCCGUUAUAUGUUGUGACCCCCUAUUUUACAUAUAUCCUAUUACUUACGGCAUAUUCUGUACGUAUAUCAAGAGACUUUCCCUCUUCUUAUGCAAAUGCACAUUUCUGGGAUUUGUCCAGCAUCGGUGUAGGUUGUUUUUCUCAACGGCAUGUUUCCCCGAAAUGGAACCAAAUUCUUCCCUGAUCAGUUGCCGGGACUUGGAUUCUCCAGAAUAAAAUCAUUGUUUUGGUUUCGAAAAAGAUAAAAUCGGAAAGGUUUGGCUCCGGACACAUCUCCCCGGCAGAGAAGGCGUCGGACAUCAACCGGGGCUUUUUGAGGCCAAAAGGGAAAACCGGGGCGUCCGCACGAGGAUCCAAAAAAGGAACGAAACCUUAUUGUUGUUUGGGAAGUUUGCAAUUCUGCAAGACAGUUGGGUUUUUUCGACUCUCUGAACCGGAGACCCGAGAGUGUGCCAACUUUCCUCAGUAUGACGUGCUCUCCGUUUGGACUCUUUGGACUGCGUUGGGGAUUGUGGGAGCCGCAGUCCGAAGUCAGGUUGGGAUGAUGGGAGCUGCAGUCCAUUCCGAGUGGGAGCAAAGCUGUAGCCGUCCCUCUACCUUCCUUUUUUUCUCCCUCUCCCAAUAUGCAUCCCAUUCUGUUUGUGGAUAUUUAUUUAUUCGUUUACCAAGAAUAACACUAAGCAACACCAUUGUUGUUCCUGGUUAUCAAUGUCACUCUUUCCUAAUUGGUUCCACCAUAGAAACAAAUUGAUCAAACUGCUCAAACUUUGUUAUUUGCAAGAGGGACAUCCUGCUAGAGCGCAUUUGGGUUUGCAUUUCAACCAAUAUCUCAUUGAGUCUCAAUUCAAUCUGGUUUGUAGCAUUCACAAAAACAAAGUUUCUGGAACGGAACAAAUACUUUCCAAGCAAGGACCGGAAAAUUAAACAGGAAAUAACACUUUCAAACCAGGAACAAAUAUAUGUUGUUACAUAGUGUAAUGGAAGUUAGGGGAGAAAACAAAAAAAUCCGCUUUGGUUUUCAAUCAGAACUUUACAAAGAUUCUGCUGAGAACCUAUUUCAAUGAUGGAGAAGGGCUUUAAAGUUCAUAAUACAGUAGAGUCUCACUUAUCCAAGCUAAACGGGCCGGUAGAAGUUUGGAUAAGCGAAUAUCUUGGAUAAUAAGGAGGGAUUAAGGAAAGGCCUAUUAAACAUCAAAUGAGGUUAUGAUUUUACAAAUUAAGCACCAAAACAUCAUGUUUUACAACAAAUUUGACAGAAAAGUAGUUCAAUACGCAGUAAUGUUAUGUUGUAAUUACUGUAUUUACGAAUUUAGCACCAAAAUAUCACAAUAUAUAGAAAACAUUGACUACAAAAAUGGCUUGGAUAAUCCAGAAACUUGGAUAAGCGAAGCUUGGAUAAGUGAGACUCUACCGUACCUGGAAUUACUGCAAGCACAAGAUCUGUUUUGGGUUUAAUCCAGGUUUAAAAUGGAGUAAUCUAAGAAUCUGAAACCUGGCCUCCAAAUCUGCUUGCAGAACCGCAUUGAAAGUUCGGACUAAACCUAAAAGCGGUUUGGACGGUCCCAUUGACACAGCAAACGGCCUCAACAUCCCUUUUGAAAUGUGGGUUCUGCAGAUCUGUUCUAGCAAACUCUCCAAACACAAAGCAGUUUCCAAAUGUGAAUGAAUGUUAGGAAAUAGUGAGGACUGCAAUGUUUACCAACUGACGGUCCCUCGGUGCGGCAACAACAUUGAGCGUUGCAAACACAUGGUUGCCAGCAUCUUGACGAGCCACUGCUCCUGUGCAUUUGACGGCCACGAUUCCACUUCAGCUUCCAUGGCAACAACCUUUAUAGUCCUGGAAUUGGGUAUUUGCUGCAGCAGUGGAAUUCCUAAGGACUGCAGAUCACAUUGGAUAAAAUCAUGGGAGUUAAAGUGGAAUCGUAGUGAUAUAAGUGCGUAAUGUGGAAGGACCUCACACUGGUCUGUAGUCAGUGGAUCUAGAUCAGUGCUUCUCAACCUUCCUACUGCCGCGACCCCUUAAUACGGUUCAUCAUGUUGUGGUGACCGCCCCUCACCCCAAACCAUCACAUUAUUUUCGUUGCAACUUCGUCACUGUCACUUUGCUCCUGUUAUAAUAAUAAUAAUAAUCUUGAUUUUUAUAUCCUGCCCCAUCUCCCCGAAGGGACUCGGGGCGGCUCACAACAGGGACAAGCCCGAAACGACACAACAUAUUUGACAAAAACUUAAAACAUUCCAACGAUACACAAAAUAAAAUAAUGGACAAUACAUUAAAAUCCAAGCAGAUAAAAUCAGAGUAAUUAAAAGCAAACCAGUGGGGACAGGUUUCAUAAAGUGCUGUAUCAUGGAAAUAAGUUAUGAAUCGUAAUGUUGAUAUCUGAUAUGCAGGAUGGAUUUUCAUCCACUGGACCAAAUUUGGCACAACAUGCCCAAAUGGGGUUGAGAGGCGGCAUUGAUUUUGCCAUUUGGGAGUUGUAGUUGCUGGGAUUUAUACUUCACCUACAAUCAAAGAGCCUUCUGUACUCCAACGAUGGAAUUGAACCGAACUUGGCACACAGAACUCCCGUGAGCAAUAGAAAAUACUGGGUUUGGUGGCACAGACCUUGAGUUUGGGAGUUGUAGUUCACCUACAUCCAGAGAGCACCGUGGACUUAAACCAUGAUGGAUCUGGACCAAACUUGGCACGAAGACUCAAUAGGCCCAAAUGUGAACACUGGUGCGGUUUGGGAGAAAUAGACCUCGACAUUUGGGAGUUGUAGUUGCUGGGAUUUAUAGGUCACCUACAAUCAGAGAGUAUUCUGAAUGCCACCAAGGAUCAAAUUGGGCCAAACGUGCCACACAAAAAUCCAUGACCGACAGAAAAUGCUAGUCUUUGGGGACCCCUCUGAACCCCUCUUGGGACCCUCCUCUUAGGGGUCCCGACCCCCAGGUUGAGAAACACUGAUCUAGAUGAAACAAAGGGACAGAGUAAUGCAGCCUUAGAGUCAGACCGUGCAGCUCAAUGCAAACUCUUUUAUAUGUGCUUGCAGUGACUAUAUAAUGUGGUUUCGAACUGCAUUAUAUGCCAGUGCAGACACAUCCUCUGUUGGUUCUCAAUGCAAAACCUGGUCAUUUCCUUCUUUUUGGAGACUCUCUCCUCUCACCUUUGCCAUCCAUUUAGUCACUUCAAAGAGAUGUGCCUGCAGUGGCUAGAUAAUGCAGUUUCGAACUGCAUUAUAUGCCAGUGCAGACGCAUCCUCUGUUGGUUCUCAAUGCAAAACCCGGUCAUUUCCUUCUUUUUGGAGACUGUCUUCUCUCCCCUUUGCCGUCCAUUUAGUCACUUCAAAGAGAGAUACGUGGGUCACUUUCCACAGAGCGGCUGGUCUUUCCUCCCCUUUCCUUCCUUCCUUUUUUACAGGAGCGAUUGAUUGUUUUUCUAGUUUUUCCUAUUUAUUGAAUACCUUCCGGAAGGGCUAUCUUUUUAACCGUGCGCGUGGUUCUUCUCUCUCGCCUUGUUUUCCAAACGACGAUGCCGGAGCCGCUUCUCCCUCCUCUGGACGUGUAAAUAGCCGUGUGUUUGGACCCUGUGCGUGUAUACACGGAGGAAGGGGGUUCGGCGUGUUGCUUUCCAAGCAGGUGGAAAGGGAGGCAAGGCCUCUCCAAAAAUAACAGGGACCAGGCUCCAAGAGACUGCGUUAUGUACAGAUCCGCAAAUACAAAAGAUAUUCCAAACCAUUUCUUUUUUAAAAAGCCCCAAAUGUGGAUAAGGGAUGCUCAACCAUUUGGAGUAUGAUAACAGGACCAUACGAACCGGGACCGGCAAAUGCUUGGAUCAUAAUACACGGAGGCUGGUCUGGGGAUUAUUAGUUACAUGGAUGGGUUUUGUUUUUUGCCAAAAGUAUUUGGAUUGAUUUUCUUUCUUUUCUUUUUCUUUUAAAUGGAACUGCUCGGUCAAUAAACAAAACAUUAUUCACUA